GGACCUGGUUGGUGGCAGCGGAUUAGUGGUGUACGGGUCAAUAGUUCGUGAGACGACCGGGGGCUCUGUACUAACGCCACAGACCACAAUGGGCAGGGUGGUGCAGCCUUUUUUUGCUGCUUGAGGACAAAGUGGGAAACGCCACCCUGCUCUGCUGCACCACCUAUCCUUCUGCCUCCACUGCCAGCAUGGCCACUCCAUUACCCAUCUCCACUGUUCCCACUACCACCCGCAUUGGUGCCGAUUACUGGUGAGAUCUCACAAGUGGAUGAAAUUAUUGCUAUCACACCAGAUGUUUCAGGGCAAGAAAAUGUGGCUUGGUUUACUCACGUGCUGAAAAACUGGAUUGGUUUCGGAUACCUGGGAGAAAAUGCAAGCUACAUGGGUUACAUUUUCGGACUGCUAUUAAUGUUUUUAAUGCUGUCACAGGCAAUAUAUCUCUCCAUGUUUUGCAUGAUGUACAUUUUAAGCUUUCUUCUCUAUAUUUACAAGAAAAUGAAUAACAUAGUUCAAGACACUUCUACUGAAGCAUGGGUCACACCAAGAAGGCGGCUUACAAGUGCUUUGGAUAUAAUUGGAAAGAUAUGGCAUGGUUAUGAAGUUAUUGGCACAGAGCAUAUACCAGAAGGACCAGCGGUAAUUGUUUAUUAUCAUGGAGCUUUUGUUUUGGAUUAUAUGCUCUUUGUAGCUAGAUUAUAUACACUGACUGGAAGACACAUCUACAGUGUAGCUGAUAAUGGGUUGUAUCUACUACCAGGUGUCAGACCACUUCUUGAAUUAUUUUUUUGCCUAAAAGGCAAUAAAGAUGAAUGUGUGAAAUUUCUGAAGAAGGGCCAUUUAUUGGGGAUUGCACCUGGUGGACUUAGAGAAGGAAACUUUAGUGAUGAGAACUACAACCUGGUGUGGGGUAAACGUACAGGUUUUGCACAAGUGGCUUUACAGGCCAAAGUGCCCAUCAUUCCUAUGUUUACACAAAAUCUUCGAGAAGGAUACAGAACAUAUGGGAAAAUAUCACUACUGAAGUGGCUGUAUGAGAAGACUCGGAUAUUUAUCCUUCCCAUUUAUGGAGGGUUUCCAGUCAAAUUCCGCACAUAUAUUGGAGAACCCAUCCCAUAUGAUCCGGAUAUCACUGCUAAGGAGCUGGCUGAAAAAACAAAGAUUGCCCUUGAAAAUAUUCGAAACAGAUACCAAGAGAGACCAGGAAAUAUAUUAAGAGCCCUCUUAGAACGAUUUGAUAAAUAUCACAAAGAAAACUAGUCUGUCCGAUUUGGAUGUUCUGGUGGAUGACUUAUGCCAGGAAUGAGACAUGGUGUGUUUGUCCCUGUUGGUUCUGCUGGACCUCUUGGUGGGUUUCCUUGGUGGUAUGCUUCUGGGCAGACUUGCUGAUAUGGGACUUGGAGGCACUGUUUUACAGUCCCUUCCUGGAGGGACGAACCCAAAAGGUGGUGCUGGAGAACUCCUGUUUGAUGCCUUAGCUGUUGGCCUGUGGGGUCACUCAAAGUUCUAUUCUGUCCCCCAUCCUAUUUAACAUGUACAUGAAACCUCUGGAGGAGGUUGUCCCUUCCAACUCUACAAUUCUGUUUCUCCUUUCCACCUAAGGAAGCUGUCUCAGUUCUAAACCAGUAUCUGUCAUCAAUAAUUGAGACGUCUGAUUUGGCCACAGUGACAACACGCCUUAGUUACAUCCCUUUUGAAUUACUGCAACAUGCUCUACCUGGGGCUGCCUUUGAAUAGUGUUCAGAAACUUCAGCUAGCUAAAGAAAACUGCAGCCAGAUUGUUGACCAGGGCUGGUUAUGGGGAACAGACAUUCCUUUGCUAGAACAGAUCCACUGGCUGCCGCUAUGUUUCCAGGUGCAACUCAAAGUGCUGGAUAUGAACUUUAAAGCCCUAUACAGUGGACGCUCGGGUUGCGAACGUGAUCCGUGCGGGAUGCACG